UCCGGCACCUGUUGCUGGGGAGGUUUGCACACAGACACACUAAUUACAAAGUCCCAGCCUUCAUCACAUGGAGAGGAGCGGAGCCGGGAAUCAGUGGAUCUGAGCCGGCGACUGUGAGGGGUCCGCUUGGUCCGGGACGCGCGCUGCGGAUGUGGAUUAAUUUCUCUUUCUCAAGAUCCCUUUUACACCUUUUGGAUUAUUUGAACGGAAAUGUUACAGGAUAAAAUAUCAGCAUCCUCCAUCCCUGUUGAGGUGCGCUUCUUGCCCUGAGAGCUGAAGGAUAACCGUCCACCAACCUGAGGGACUCUGGACUAUAAGACAUGCUGGCUGCAAUGCUGCGCCAGAGCUCUGGUGGAGGAUCAGGUGGUGGAGGUAGCAGUAGCAGCAGCAGCAGUGGAACAAAACUCCCGCUAGGUAUCUCCAGACUCUCCAGCACCGGCUCGGGUUCAGGGAGCCCGGUCAGUGUGGGCCCCUGGGGGCCAGGCAGACUCUCCAAGAGCAACUCUGUGAGUUCAGAGAGUCCGGAUGUCCCCGCCUCAGACCCAAACUACAUCAUGCAGUUGGUCAGCGACGUGCGCAAGUUUGCUGAUGUGCUUCUGCAACUCAAAGAAGUUUUCAACUCCAAAGAGCACCAGGACUGCCUCCAUCACGCGGUGCACGAGCGUCUCGGCGAGCUGUUGCGAGUCCUGAAGGCCAUUAUCAGCAAACACCAGAGCCUGAACUCAGUGGACAUCCUCAGUACAGCUGGAACCGUCAUCGCCACGGUCAAAGGAGUGAACUUUAAGGAGGUGAACGAGGAGAACAGACAGAAGCUCUUUGGAGAGAUCUACUCAGCAAUCGACACGUUGGCGUUCACGUUUGGAAAUGUAGUGUCUGACUUCCUUAUGGGAGAUGUAGAGAAUGGAUCAGUGCUGGGGCUCCCCCUGAUGAAGAGGAGCAGGUCUUUCGAGAACGUCUCUGUGGAAUCUGGAGGAUCCGGUCCAGAGAAAGAUGAUCCGCCAGGGCCGUCUCCACCAGUGCGAGCUGAGGAGGUGGACCGGACGCUGCAGCAGCAGGACGGCGGAGUGGAAUCAGCGCUGCUCUACGCCAAGGGCUGGUCCAAAUACACCAAAGAGCUGCUGGCCUGGGUGGAGAAACGCCUCAAUAUGGAUAUUGAGUGUGCAAAGAGUUACGCCAAAAUGGCAGAAUCCGCAAAAUCGCUUGCAAGUCCACAGGAAUUCAUGCCUUUCCGUGAGACCUACAUGACUGCUUUCAAAAAUGACAUCGAGUACAGCCAGCUGGUACUUCAAACUGCUGCAAUCCUCCAGAGCAACAAAUUUAUGCAGCCUCUCCUGACCAGGAAGAAUGAGCUGGACAAAUUACGAAAGGAGGUCAAGGAGCAGUGGCAGAGGGAGCAAAAGAAAAUGAAUGAGGCAGACAGCGCUCUCAGGAAAGCCCGGCUGCUGCAGGCUCAGCGGCAGGAGGAGUAUGAGAAAGCUAAGGUGUCCACCAGCCGGCUGGAGGAAGAGCAUAUCGGAGGAGGUGGAGGAGCAGCGGCAUUCAAACAGCUGGAAAAGAGGCGACGGCUAGAGGAGGAGGCUCUGCAGAAGGCUGAAGAGGCCAAAGAGCACUGUGCAUCCUGUCAGCUCGAUGUCGGCAUGAAGAGAGUCGAUUUGGUCAAAACAAAGAGUGUGAUAAUUACUCAGAUCAGAGAGAUGAUCUCUCAGUGUGACCUCACCUUCAAGGCUGUGACGGUGAAUUGGUUCCAGCUCCAGCAGGCCCAGGUCGUUUCACUCCCUGUCAACCACCAGACACUGUGUGAAAACGCCAAACAGUACGAGCCGGGCCAGCGCUACCUUGACUAUGUGAGGAGUCUACCCACGGACGGGCCACGACUGGAGCCACACUCAUUUGACUUUACUGUCACACAAAACACAGGAAUCCUUUUAAACAAGCGCUCGCUGAGUGCCAGCCACUCCUCACACAGCAACCUCUCCCAGGGUUCCGUGAUCUCUGACCCCCUCUGUGCAGAAGACGUGGACGGUCCUGGUAACUCUCAUCACGCCAAGAUCGCAGAGAGGCGCUCCAACAGCAGCACUGACAUCCAAGCUCUCAGGAUUCAGGCCCCGUUUCGUCCCUGGGCCUCGGCCAGUCAAGGCGGGGGAAUGUGCAGUGACUCAGAAAGUGCCGGAGGGAGCAGCGAGUCCCGAUCCAUGGACUCACCCACUGCAAGCCCAGGAGACUUCAAGAGGAGGUUACCCAGAACGCCCUCCACAGGCACCAUGUCGUCUGCUGAUGAUCUGGAUGACAGAGAGCCCCCCUCCCCCUCUGAUACAGGAUUGAGUGAGAUAGUCAUUGAAACAGCCAGCUCCCCGGGCCCCUUCAGAAACACCCAGAUGUCCAAAGCAGCUCAGACGCACAAGCUGAGGAAGCUCAGAGCUCCAUCCAAGUGUCGGGAGUGUGACGGCCUUGUGGUGUUUCAUGGAGCCGAGUGUGAGGAGUGUUCGUUGGCCUGCCAUAAGAAGUGUCUGGAGACUCUGGCCAUCCAGUGCGGCCAUAAGAAGCUCCAGGGGAGGCUUCACCUGUUCGGCAUUGACUUCACUCAGGCGGCUAAGAACAGCCAGGACGGAAUUCCCUUCAUUAUCCGGAAGUGUACAUCAGAGAUCGAGAACAGAGCGCUCAAUAUUAAGGGUAUCUACCGUGUGAAUGGUGCAAAGUCUCGGGUGGAGAAGUUGUGCCAGGCGUUUGAGAAUGGAAAGCACUUGGUGGAGCUCUCUGAGCUUUAUCCCCAUGAUAUCAGCAACGUACUCAAACUCUACCUGAGACAGCUUCCAGAGCCGCUCAUCCUUUUCCGCUACUAUAACGACUUUAUCGCACUAGCGAAGGAGAGUCAGAGUAUCAUUGUGGAGGAACUGGAGGCGUUGCGGCUCAGUCCAAACCCUGUGGCCCCGGCCCAGGUCAGCGUGGAUCUGAACCGGGUCCUCUUCAAAAUUAAGGACUUGCUGAGGCAGCUGCCACCAGCCCAUUAUAAAACACUGCAGUUCCUCAUAGAACAUCUCCACAGGGUGACAGAGCGAUCAGAUGAGAAUAAAAUGACAGCGAGUAACCUGGGGAUCAUCUUUGGUCCAACGCUGAUCAAACCAAGGCAGGCGGAUGCAGAGGUUUCUCUCUCCUCCUUGGUGGAUUACCCGUAUCAGGCCCUCAUCAUCGAGAUCCUCAUCAGACACUACCAGAUGAUCUUUGACGCCCCCCUCAGCCCCCUCAGCACCUCCUCACCCACAGAGAUCGAUGGCCAGAUGCGCCCUGACACCCGCCUCACCCAGCAGGAGAAGGAGCAGCAGCUGAGCCGCCACUCCAAGUCACUAGGAGACAUCAAGGAGCAGAGCUCCAAGGUGUAUAAGAGGCAUUCUUCCAUCAUCCCUUCUUCACAUUUGUUGGCUGAAGUUCAUGAGAUGGUGCCGAGCCUUGAUGGAAGAGAUUUUGAACCUGUUGAUCAAGUGGAUUCAGAGACCUUCAAUGGAGUUUUGUCAUCAAGCGUCGCAGAGGCUGAGAAACCUGGCGAAGGACUCCUCCGUCGUUAUCAGCACAACACCGUCACCAGAGUCCAACUCCGACAUCCUCGACACAAACUGUCUUCCCGGCCUAUGAGCAUGCCCGCAGAACACAUCCACAACCGAGGACAAGUGGACGAGAACAACAGCAGGAACAGCACCGACCAAGAGGAGAGGAAAGGAGGAAGCUGUGACCAGUCCAUCGAAGAGGUGGACGAAUCUGAGAACAGUAAAUCACGAGCGGGAACACAUUUCAGGAGUACUUUUAUAGACACCCAGACUUUACGCAGGACUUGGGACAAACAGUACAAGCAUGAAAUUAGUCCAAGAAGUGUCAGAAUAAAGACCACUUUGCCUCCAGAGGACACAGGAGCGGAUGCUUGCAGCUUAUCAGCGUCUAUGCCGUUGUCCUCCUCAACUUUCUCUUUUGGGAUGAGUGGGAGCGGGGUUAGCAGCAUGUACCCAAACGGACCUUACACCGUCGCAGUGCGGCCUAGCAGGACUUUAAGACGGGAGGACAAUGUGACCAAGUACAACCAUGUGGCUACAGCUUUCAGGGCUCCCAGAACUCUCCAGCCUCCCCCAGGGACUUUCUACAAGCCCCCACCGGGGAGCAAAGCUAAAAUGCUGCAGAACUUUGCUAUAGCUAAUAGCGCUGAGGAGGAGGAAGAAGAGGAAGAUGAUGAUGAUGAGGAGGAGGAUGAGGAUGAGGAGGAGUUGGGGAUUGAGAUAGAGGUGUCCGUAGAUGAGCCUCUGGAGGAGGAGGAGGAGGCUGAGCAGGCGGCAAUGUCGCAGUCUCCCAGCUCUAGCCCUGAGGAGCUGGGCCAAAACCAGGCCAAACCGGUUUACCAGAGACUGAGGCCCAGACGCCUGCAAGAGGUUGAACACAGAGAGGCUCACUUUGUGUGAUCAUCUGACAGAUCUUUAAAACAAAAAAAAACAUUUAUGUGUGCACAA